AACUACAAGAAGCCGUCUCCUUCGCCCCCGGUCGCUGUUCCGUUGCCUUUGGGGUAUCGGAAGACGCCGUCUCCGGCGACCGUUGUGACGGCUGUGGCGCUGCCGCAGAAGCGGUCUGCGUCGUCUGCGGCGGUCGACGAGGGUUUCUUCAGGAUGAAUUACUCGGCUGUGGCUGCGGCGGCAGCGGCAGGGGCCGAGGAUGAUGACGACGAGGACGAGGAUGAGGACGACGAGGUGAACUAUGAGGUUGAUGAGGAGGUUGAGAUGGAGAGGGAGAGAGAUAGCGGAGGCGAGAUUGGAGGUGGAGGAGGAGGAGAAGGGUUGAAGAGAUUGGCGAGAGCGAUUGAGAGGUUUGGGGACGUGUAUCAGAGAGUGGAGGCGGAGAAGUUGAGGCAGAUGGUGGAGUUAGAGAAGCAGAGGAUGCAAUUCGCCAAUGAUUUGGAGGUGCAGAGGAUGAAUAUGUUCAUGGACACGCAGGUCCAGCUCGAGCGGAUCAAGCAUGGCAAGCGAUCGGGCUCUAAUGGUGAGGCAAAUCUUUCCUUUUUCUUGUGUGUGUUUGGUUUGAGUUUGUAAAAUAUAUUCACUUGAAAUGAUUGGAUAGAGUUGUGGUUUGAUGGAUGCUUUUAUGUCUUUGUGAUCUGGAGUUUUUGGUUUGUGCUUGUAUAAUCUUUUGGCUUAAAUUGAUUGGAUGGUCUGAAAGAUGUUUUAUUGUUUGUGGUAGGAAAGGGAAUCCCUACUUAAUUGUUUGAAAAAGCUGUUGUGGAGAUUCUUGAUAUACCUUAGGUUUGAAGCAUCUGUUAAUUCUGGAGAUCCAAACUCACCCCACCCUGAUUGAGAAA